CUAUUCUGAUUGAAAACACCGUCAAUACAAUACAAAUCUAGACUAACGUUAGCCGGACUACAAUAAUAAUCACCACAGUUACUAAGUUCACUGAUAAAUUGUAUGCUAAUUGUUCAAGACCUUUUUAAAUACUUUUUUGUACAUUUUAUUAGUCGAUAAUAAGUGAUUAUAUUAUAUAAUGACACAACAAAGAGUAAAUGAAGAUUUGCGACUAGAACGACUAAAAUGUAUGUUCAACAAAGAAGAACUGACGAAUUUAUUAGACGGCGGAAAAGAUAAUACAAUUUACAGAAGGAAAUUCAUUAACUUCUUUGUCUCCGACAAUCGACUAAAGGACGAAGUUCCCUUUGAUUACUUAAGUCAUCAAGAGUUUUAUGAACAAUCAGUCCGAAAAAAUUGCAUACUAUGUACUAAAAUCAAAGAGUGGCUAGAAAUAUCCGAUAAAAAUUUAGUGGAUAUUUAUGGAUCAAUAUGGCAUUUCGGACUGGAUUUUGCCGUAACUUCUCAAGGAGUUCCUUUUACAGUACAUACUGUUAUGUUUACGCCGGCCUUGUUAAGCCUAGGCAACAGAGAGCAACAAGAUAGAUGGUUCAGAAAAGCUUUAAAUAAUGAAAUUAUAGGCACUUAUGCCCAAACAGAACUCGGUCACGGUACUUUUAUUCGUGGACUAGAGACUACGUGUACUUAUGAUCCGACCACGGAAGAGUUCAUACUCAACAGUCCUACGCUAACAUCUUACAAGUGGUGGCCCGGUGGACUGGGACACACGUGCAAUUAUGCUAUUGUCGUUUCUCAGCUGUACACCCAAGGGAAAUGUCACGGCAUUCAUCCGUUUAUUGUUCAAUUAAGAGACUCAGAAACGUGGAUGCCGCUGCCCGGAAUUAAACUCGGCGAGAUCGGAAGUAAAUUAGGUAUGAACGGUACAAAUAAUGGAUACUUGGCUUUUGAUAACGUGCGGAUACCUCGAAGGAACAUGUUAAUGAAGAACUCGAAAGUUUUAAAGGACGGCACCUAUGAGAAGUCAAUUAAUCAAAAGUUAACGUACGGUACAAUGAUUUUCGUACGAGUAUUGAUUGUGAGAAGUUUAGUAACAAACUACUUGAUGAAAGCCUCGACGAUUGCAAUUCGGUACAGCGCUGUACGGCGGCAAUCAGAACUUAAAGCUGGAGAAAAGGAACCGCAAAUUCUAGAUUACCAAACACAGCAAUACAAAUUAUUUCCAGCCAUUGCUACUGCUUUAGCUUACAAGUUUUCAGCCAAUUGGUUGUGGGACGUCUAUCACAAUGUAAAUUCGCAAGUUGAAAAAGGCGAUUUGAAACGUUUACCAGAGUUGCACGCGAUGGCUUGUUGUUUAAAAUCAGUCGGAUCAUCUGACGCGGCUGUUGGUGUAACGGCUUGUCGUUUGGCUUGCGGAGGUCAUGGGUAUAUGAACUGCAGUAAUCUUCCAAAUAUUUAUGGUCUGACUACAGCCAUGGAAACUUACGAAGGAGAAAACACAGUAUUACUUUUGCAAACUGCCAGAUACCUAUUAAAAGCGUUUCAAGAAUCACAGUUCGAAAAACCAUUACCACAAACUUUGUCGUACUUGAAAAAUUAUAAAUUACUCAAGCAGUCUCCCUGGACAACAGAUUUGGAAUGCAUGACUAAUGCAUUCUUUCAAGUAUCUGGAUAUCAAAUUGAAAAUUGUCAUAACGUAAUCAAUCAAAUGAUAAGUAAUGGAACUGCCCACGAGGAUGCUUGGAAUGCAAAGUCAAUUCUAUUGUCUAAAGCGUCCGAAGCACACUGUCGAGCUUUUGUGAUUAGUACGUUUGUGGCGUCACUUAAAACUAUUCAAGUAUCACCAGAAGUUAUGGCAGUACUCACUAACCUAUGUCAACUUAUUAGUGCUUAUUGGACGUUAAAUAAUGUUGGAAUCUUUCUUCAGUAUUCGAAUUUAAAACCCAGUGAUGUUUCCUCAGUGCAAGCUCUAUUGGAAAAAUGUCUGAAAGAAAUCCGACCUAAUGCAGUUGGCAUCGUCGACAGUUUUGAUUUCCGAGAUGAGUUGCUAGAUUCAGCACUGGGUGCUUACGAUGGAAAUGUUUAUGAAAGACUUUUAGAAGAAGCUGAAAAAAGCCCUUUGAACAAGGAGCCUGUAAAUAAAUCGUUUUAUUUGUAUAUAAAACCAUUUUUAAAAUCCAAUAUGUAAUAUGAGUAAGAUAUUAGGUAUACUAUUUAGCUUAUUUACACCUGAAUAUUCACUCGUUUACUUUGACAUUUGUAAAAAUACCUAUGUUUUCUCAGUCUAUUAAAACUAAAAAUGCACUGAUUUUUAUGAAUAAAAUGAUUUAAUAAUAAAAAGUUCAGUUGCCAUUUACCUCUCGUUGCGUACGGUUAUGUGUAAUCUUUGUCUCUCGCGAACACGGUAGUUCCAGUCUAUUUUUAACUCAAUCUUUAUUGAAUUAAAUAAUAAUAUUAUUUCGAUUAUUAAAAUAAUCUGUAUUUGAUGACCGAUAAAUGAAAUAAAACACAAUACAAUUACGAAAACAUUAUGUUUGAUAAGUAUUUACUGUCAAUUACAAAUAAUUGCUUAUUGCCAUAUUGUAACACUGAAAGAGAACGUUUGUUUCGACAGCGCGAGAAUCUGUGAUUUAUUAAUAAAAACCCGUACUAAACUAAUCAAGCAAUAUCCAUGCGCGUCACAUCAUGCAUUUAGAACUACACUCCCUAACGCGGCAUUCAUUUUGAGAAAAUUCCAAAUUUUAGAUUUUUCCCUUUAGUUACACUAUUAGACCUACCUUUGUGCCAAAUUGCACGUUUCUACUUAUAGAGAAAGUGUUUUAUAA